GAAAAUGAAACAAAAUAUUAAAAAAAAAGAAAAAAAAAACGAGGCGGCGACACACACGAUCCCCCGCUCGCCGGCGAGUGAGCCGCGCCGUAUCCGCGCCCUGCCUGCUCCCCGCAGCCGGGCACGAGUGGCUGGUGGUGGCGGUCGAUCUCCGGCGACGAGUUCAACAGUCCUACGGUGCGGCUGCCUCCGACCUGGUCGAUCUCCGGCGAGGAUCUGGUUGGUUCCCCGCUUUCGUCAGGUCCUAACGUCUAAGCAGGACAUCCACCCAGAAUUGCUCGGUCUUGUCCUCAGGCGCCUACCCUCCCACGCUGACCGUGUUCGAUUAAGAGCAGUAUGCCGCCCAUGGCGCUCUAGUGCUCGGAUCCCAUCUGUCCCCCCUCCGCUCCCGUGGCUCGCCCUCCUUGAUGGGACCUUUCUCAACAUUGCAAGUGGUGUGAUUCACCGCAUUCCUGUGCCAGAUGGUGCUUGCUGCCACGGCUCCCUUGAUAACUGGCUCUUCCUUGUGAAAAGUGAUGGUGGGUGUUCACUGAUGAACCCUUUCUCCAGGGCCAAACUGAAACUUCCUACGCUUGCCACCUACAAGGCAGCAUCCACAUUUAAACCAAGUUUUUACAAGUUGGUGGUUCCAUGGCAGCUGGACUCAUCACCAGAUUCUCUUGUUGCUGUGCUGAUCAUGGGUGGUUAUAAUUUUAGUACAAUUUUAAUUUGCCAGCCACCAGUUGCUACUGAUUCAUCCAGAGGGCAGAAGCCAUUACAGCACCUUGCCGAUGUUGCCUUCUUUAGUGGAAAGCUGUAUGCCAUUGGCAAGUUUGGCAACCUCUUAAUCCUUGAUAUCACUGGUAGCUCUGCAAAGAAGCCACAAAUCCUAGCUAUCGAUUCCGUAAUCAAUUCCAAGGACUAUACCGGCGAUCUACCUGAACCUUUGCUCAAAGAUGUGGUGUAUAUGCGCAGGGAAUAUCUAGUAGAAUGUAGUGGCAGACUGUUGUUGGUGACACGAUAUAUACGCUCCAUGGACCGUGCGAGAGGUCGUGAUUCCUUUGAGCAUCAUCGAACUGCUGGAUUUGAGGUCCUUGAGGCAGACUUGAGCAACAUACCUGGUAGAUGGACAAGGGUAAAUAAUCUGCGUGGUCAAGCAUUGUUUGUUGGAAAACAUUGCUCCAAGGCUCUCCUUGCCGGAGAAGCAGGUUGUGCUCAAGAGGAUUGCAUCUAUUUCAUUUGUGACUAUCCCCCGCAGAAGUUUGCUGCAGACCCUCUUCGUGACUCUGGUGUGUACAACAUGAGAAAUGGGAUGAUCACGCCUCUGUUGACAGGUACUGCAGCAGCGCUGCCACACCGUGUUGGCCAAAGUUGUCCGACUUGGCUUUUCCCCACAGAAACCAUGUAAACAGCUCAUCUGAGGUUCCUUAAUGCUGUUUUGGGAUCCUUGGGUGUACUCCUAACUGGAGCCUGCUAGCAUCUCCACACUACUAGUUAUCAGUGUCCUGAUAUGCUGUCAAAAAUUAUUACCAUGUCGGUUAUUUUUUUUACUUGAUGUUUUCUGUAGAGAUUACCAACCCGAAAACUUUGAAUUAUGUGCACGCAGUAUAUGUGAAUGCAUGUACCGAACCAAGUUCAUCUUUUA